GUGGCGCCUGGAAAGAGCACAGUCGCGGUGAGAGGGGCGCACCGCAGCCAGCUCCGCCCUGGUCCGACUGCAGGAAGGGUUAUAAAAUCAUACACAAUGGCCCUCCUAAAGACACUCUGAAACCACAUCAUCCUGAUCUUAAAACACCUGCAAGAAAAGACACAGUACUUCACCAUUAUUUCCAACAAUGGCUUUACUACCGCUGCUGUUUGUGGUUACUGUGCUGCUUCCAUAUUUGCCUGCAGAAGGAAAGGAUCCCGCUUUUACUGCUUUGUUAACCACCCAAGCAGGAGUACAACAGGAGAUUGUAAAUAAACACAAUGAACUAAGGAAAGGAGUCUCUCCACCUGCCAGCAACAUGCUAAAGAUGGAAUGGAAUAGAGACGCAACAAUAAAUGCUCAAAGGUGGGCAAACAAGUGCACUUUACAACACAGUGAUCCUGAGGACCGCAAAACCAGUACAAGAUGUGGUGAGAAUCUCUAUAUGUCAAGUGACCCUACUUCCUGGUCAGCUGCAAUCCAAAGCUGGUAUGACGAGAGCCUAGAUUUUGUCUAUGGUGUAGGACCAAAGAGUCCCCAUGCAAUUGUUGGACAUUAUACUCAGCUUGUUUGGUACUCAACUUACCAGGUAGGAUGUGGAAUUGCCUACUGUCCCAAUCAAGAUACUCUAAAAUACUACUAUGUUUGCCAAUAUUGUCCUGCUGGUAAUAAUGUGAAUACAAAGAAUACCCCUUACCAACAAGGAACACCUUGUGCCAGUUGUCCUGAUAACUGUGACAAAGGACUAUGCACCAAUAGUUGCCAAUAUCAAGAUAUCCUAAGUAACUGUGAUUCCCUGAAGAAGACAGCUGGCUGUGAACAUGAGUUGCUCAAGGAAAAGUGCAAGGCUACUUGCCUAUGUGAGAACAAAAUUCACUGACAUGCCUAAUAAGCAUUGUGCAGGACUACAUGGAUAAGGGCUGCAUCAUUUAGUUGACACAUACCAGGGGAAAGUUUUAUGUAUGUUAGUUACAAAUUUGAUUUCAAAGAGCAAUGCAUCUUCUCCCAGAUCUUCACAGAAAUCAUUUUCAGGCAAUGAUUUACAAAAGUAGCAUAGUAUAUGAUAACUUUGAACUCUGACAUAAAUGUAGUGCUUAUAUUUAAUGAACUGAACCAGGCUGAGGAUUUUGAAAAUUGUAAGACCAUAGGAUUAGGUCACUAGAGCUUUGGAUCAAAAUGGUGAGUGACAUGCUUCCUGAAACGUGCUAAAGAAGAAGACUAACAUCAUUGUCAUUCCUACUACCUGAUUUUUGCUGGCAUAAACAAUAAACUCAAAGCUUUACAUC